AUGCCACCGAAGAAUGUCAAAGAAGCAAAACCGCAGGUCUCGAUCAAUAGGUAUUCCGUAUUGCCAUUAACUCUUCAGUCAUCGCUUCCAAUGAGUUCCUACACCUCGAGACCCAACGGCCCCAAUGGACAGCCACUGUCUCUACCGCCGCGUUGGCUGAAGUGUCCGCGAAAGGGUGACCUCAUCGCUGACAAAUUCAUACCAUUUAAGACACCAUUGGAUGACAAAUACAAGUCACAGAUCCCUUCAUCCGAUUUAUUUACGCCACAAAUGUUUAUAUCGAUUGUCAACGCAUACAAAGUCAAAUUAGGUCUUUGGAUAGACUUGACGUUCACCUCUCGCUUCUACGACAAGACAAUUGUCGAGCAGAAAGAUGUGAAUUAUUGUAAAUUCCAGUGCAGAGGACACGACGAGUGUCCGACCGAUGAACAGACGCAGCUGUUUGUCAACUGUUGCUAUAACUACAUCUCGAAGAACCCGUUGCACGUGAUUGGCGUCCACUGCACCCAUGGCUUCAAUAGGACCGGGUUCUUGAUCUGUGCCUUUCUCAUAGAGAAGCACGACUGGAGUGUUGAGGCGGCCGUCAACGCCUUCGCCAGAGCCCGACCGCCCGGUAUAUACAAGCACUCGUACCUCCAGGAGCUGUUCCGACGGUACGGCGAUGUGGACGACACACCGCCCGCCCCACCGCUGCCCGACUGGUGCACGGAGUCGGACGACACCGACGACGACGGCAAUGCCAUCAAUGGACAUAAUUCGCAGUCCAAUCAUACGAAUAGAUCCCAUUAUACGGGUACUAGUAAUAGGGGUAAGCCUUUUAUGCAAGGCGUGAGUGGUGUGACGACUGUCACCGACUUCAACAAAGUGCGACAUAUUCAGGACACGUGUCGACGACUAUGUCAUUGGCCGGGCCGUAACUUUCCCGGCUCACAGCCCGUGUCAAUGGAUAACCAGAACAUUGGGUUAUUGGCGGACAGGGAGUAUAUGGUGAGCUGGAAGGCUGACGGCGCGCGUUAUAUGCUGUACAUCGAGGGCGAGAAUGAGUGCUAUUUCAUCGAUAGAGACAAUACUGUCUUCCGGAUCGAUGGCAUAAAGUUCUUUAAACGCAAAGAGUUUCCCAAACACUUAGUCAACACUCUAUUGGACGGAGAGAUGAUUGUGGAUGCGGUGGAGGGCAAGAGUAUCGCCCGAUAUCUCAUAUACGACAUCAUCACAUUCGAGGGCCAAGAAGUGGGACAAACGGACUUCAGGAGGCGUAUGCUUUGUAUCGACAAAGAGCUGAUCGGUCCACGAGAGAGGGCUAAGACUGAGAACGUUAUCGAUAGGGCUCUCGAGCCGUUCGGUGUCCGCAAAAAGGAUUUCUGGGAACUGAGAGAUACUCAUAAGAUAUUCGAGGAUAAGUUUACGCAACACUUGCCCCACGAAAUCGAUGGCCUUAUCUUCCAACCCGUGCCCGACAAGUACAUCGCCGGUCAGUGCAAUGUUACCCUCAAAUGGAAGCCUCCGACACAUAAUUCGGUGGACUUUCGGCUGAAGAUCGUUGUGGAGGACAGGCCCGGGAUGUUGAGGACGACGAGCGGCCACUUAUUCGUCGGCGGAUUCGACCCGCCGUUCGCUCAGAUGAAGGCCACGAAACAGCUCAAGGAAUACAACAAUAAGAUCAUUGAGUGUACGUUCGAUAUGACCACAAAUCAGUGGCAGUUCAUGAGAGAGCGCACCGACAAGUCGUUCCCCAACAGCUAUAACACAGCUAUGGCUGUCUGUCACUCCAUUAAGCAUCCCAUCACUAAAGAGAUUCUCUUGGAUUACAUCGAAAGACACGGAACGCGAGUCGCCUUCAAACGGCCCUUCAAUGAGCCGCACAGUAAUGAACGCAAUCUAAUGCCGCCGCCAGUCGUGAAAGUCGCCCGAAAAUAGACAACAAUUUUAUUUAUUUUAUUUUAUUUUUUCAAUUCAUUUUUUGCGAUCAAUUAAAUAAAAUUUUCAUUAAUUUGUUUUUGUAAAUA